GAUGGCCCCGCCUCUUGCGACGAGGCCCCGCCCCGUGGAGCCCUCAGGAACCGGCGCGGUCCGUGCGCCCACCAAACUGGCGCUGUCACCGCCGGUGAACGGGAGGGAGCUGCGGCGGGCCACCUCCAGUUGAUUCCAGCUGCCCCCAGCAGCCCCACGAGUUCGCCAUCUCCGUGUGCCGGCAGACGCGACCCGAGCUGCCUGGCAACCGGUGUUUCUCUUGCGUGUCGAGAGGCCACUGUGGCAAGGGAGACGCUGUGUUUGGACCCCGGGCAGCCAUCAUGAUGAUGAAAGGCAGCAGCGGAAACCGGCGCCGUCGCUGACCGUGCUCCCCCCCCUCCACGAGCAUGCCGAUCCCGCGCAAGUAUGUCAUCUGUGUCCUCUCGGUCAUCAUGGUGGCCUCCUUCCUCUUCACGCUGCACGGCGUCGAGAACCUUAUGCCGUGGUUAAAGGCGAUGAGGGGCCUGGGGCCCACGGCGCCGGCGUUGCCGGCAUUGCCAGCAACGCCAGCACUGCCGGCCAAGCCCGCCGAAAACUACACGGAGCCGUGCUAUCCACGUGCCAACAUCGCGGCCGAGGUGGCCGACUUUGGCUCGCUGCCCCAGCACAUGCAGCAGUUCAUGACGUACCGCCACUGCCGCCGCUUCCCCAUUAUCAUCGACCAGCCCAACAAGUGUGCCGGCGUGAAACCCGAUCAGCCGCUGCUGCUGCUCGUCAUCAAGUCGCUGUCGGAGAGCUACAGCAAGCGGCACGCCAUCCGCCAGACGUGGGGCCAGGAGGUGGCGGUGAGAGGCCUGCAGGUGCGGCUGCUCUUCCUCAUAGGCGUCUCCGACAACGAGGCGCGCCGCCCCCUCUACAACCGCUUCCUGCGAGAGGAGGCCGCCAAGAACGGCGACAUCCUGCAAUGGGGCUUCCUGGACACCUUCUUGAACCUGACGGUGAAGCAGGUCAACUUCCUGCACUGGCUCAACCACAGCUGCCCGCACGCGGCCUUCAUCUACAACGGGGACGACGACAUGUUCCUGCACACCGUCAACCUGGCGGAGCUGCUGCUCGGGUACCCACGAGGCGACCUCUACGUGGGGCACAUCAUCGACGACACGCCGCCCGUGCGCUACGUGCCCAGCAAGUACUACGUGCCCAAGCAGCUGUGGCCGCACUCGUCGUACCCGGCGUACGUAGGCGGCGGCGGGCUGGCGAUGGCCGGCUCGACGGCGCUCAAGUUCUUCAACGCGUCGCACUCGCUCGAAAUCUUCCCCAUCGACGACGUCUUCUUCGGCUUGUGCGCCGAGUCCACGCACGUCAAGGUCAUCAACCACCUGGGCUUCAGGACGUACGGUGUGGAUGCCCUCCUGGCCUCGAACCGCGAUGCGCUGCCCAACAACUACGUCCUCAAUGAGCUCAUCUGCGUGCACAAGUUCGACCCUAACGAGAUCAUGGUCAUGUGGCAGAAGGUCACGCAGGACCUGGAGAAGAAGUAGGACGUGAACGGUGGAAGAGAUUGACUGCGGUAAUUUUUUUCACGGAUUAUUUUUUACCACACCCUUACGAGUGCCAAUGUGACGGAGAAGCGUGGGCAUGAUUCUACCGGAGAGACGCCUCCAUUCCCUCCCCCACUCCCCCAAGGCUCUAUCUCUAGACUCGGAAUGGUGGUUGCAGUGAGGGAUUAAGGCCUCGUUACAUACCGAAUUAGAAGUGCAUUCGUCUCGCGGGCAGGGCCCGUUGGUUGCCAGGUGACCAAAUGGGCUGCGAGAUGUUUUUUUUUAUCUCCCCACAGGUGUUUCACUCGUCGCCUGUGUUAUUACCUGUGCCUUCCCAGUAAGCUGACAACGCUGGGCCAACGUUGGCAUGUGGUUGGUCCAACGUUGACCUAACGUUCCACGUUCGCUGAGACUGCACAUGCUGCUACAGAACACGGGUGCUCUGAUGUCACCGGAUGAAGUUGAUGCAUAGGCAAUCGGACUGCGUGGAAAGGCCAAGUCCGACUUCUCCUGCGAUCGGGGCAUGGACGGCAAAGAUGUUGGUGCCCGCUUGUGACGUCGUUUUUUAACUGUGCGAUGACGCCGGUAGCAUUUCCAACGUCACAAUACCACGUGCGCAACCGCACGCUAUAUUUAUGCAUUUUAAUUUAUGCUGUGUUAACCGCGUCUCUCUACGCGCCGUGUGUAAAGCGCUGGGACCCCGGUCCAGUCCCCGGCCCAUCCCCACAAUGGGGCGGCCAGGCAGCCUAAGCCACCGGGACCCGGCACUCGUGGUGUCGCUCAUACCGACGCGCUCUGCGUGUGGCGUGCGCGCCAUGCCGCCCGCCCCCCCACUCCUGUGCCCUGGUGGCGUGGCGCCAGAGCCGGGUGGUGCUGCGUCACUGCUGAGAUCGGCCCCGGAAUGAUGGCCCCCGGCUCGGGGGUUAGGCGAGGCCCAGGCCGACCUGGUUGGAUCAGCAGGGAAAUCCACGCCAAUUUACGGUCACACGAUAACACCCAGCGUGGAAGAGUAGGCCAAAAUAACCUUUCGUGGGUGGGGGGGCCCCUUCCUGCGGAGCUGCAUCUUUAGCUUUCCCUCACCAUAAAAUGUGGCCGAUGACCGAUUCACCUGAAAUGUGCCGGGUCUCAUGAGAUCCUGGGAACUCGACUGCACGGGCUGGCCGUAGCCGACGACACCGGAUGGGAUGACCGCCGUUACGUAGUCGGCGGUGUGGGUUGCGGCAAGCCUGCGUUUUCAGUAGAGACUGAUGCAGCAACUUCCACUGUUGUUCUCUACUGUCCUGUGCUCCAAUGUCUGCGCUCCCUCCGCAGCCUACUCCACAUAGCGAGGCCCUCAUCCAGCAGUGGAUCAACUAAUGAGCUGUGAGUGUAUCCGUACAGUACAAUACACAACUAGUGCACAGUAUUCCAUCAUUGUAAUUAUUACAUGAACAUAGAUUAUUAAAAUGUGAAGCACCUAAUUUAAUUAAUUCUAGCUCUUGCUCUGAAAGAUGUUGCCCGUGUCUGCGCCAUUGCUACCCUGGCCAGUCAAGGGAAACGUGAGGCCCCAGUAGAUCGAAGGAGGAAACCUUCCCUAGGCCUUGAUCGGAGCGAAUGUUGAAAUAUUCACUAAGCACAGGAUACAGAACAUUUUUAUUCAGUACAGAGACGAGGCAAAUUAUCUUGUUUUUAAUCUAUAAUUAAAUAGGUGGCUGAGAUAUUAAUCGCAAAAGUGCAUACCCGUGUACCACGCGGUGGGAUGUCUCUGGUAAUUCUUGAUUAUUUGCCGGGUGGUGGUGGCUAUGCACACCUGAAACCUGGCCCUGUGGGAGGCAAGGGUUGGUGAAUCGCACAAAUGUUGUGAAACUCCUUUCCCGUGAGCGUCGAAGAGGCGACUUACCCUGGUAUUCCAGAAAAGGGGAACAAGCAUGGGUUUUCUCCGGAUGCUCCGGAUUCCUCCCACACGUAUAAACACUAAUUAAUUGGCUUAAAACGUCUUGAUAUAUCGAGGACCGCAGAGCUUGGGCAAUUGUUGGUAACACCAGCUCACCGCCUGGCUGCUACCUUCCCACUUGGCCGUGGGCUGCUUGGUGAUUGUGAGAUGCAACUUGUGUGAACGCCGCCACUACCGUUAUACGUGUAUUACAUAUGUGUGUAAAACUACACGUCAUUAUCCAAUUCCCUUGAAGCCAUUUGUAUAAUAGGAACUGCAUUGCAUGUAAACAAAAUGCCGCUUUCUCUCGAUCUAUGCGCUAGUAGUUAGAUUCCUUCCAAAAAUGUGGCACACAAAACGAACCCGCGCGAGGCAGCUGCCUGCCGAGUGGUGCGUACAUUACACACAGCUCCACGUCUGGCCGCAUCGCCACAUCUCGAGUGCAUUCAAAGCCGCAUUAUAUAGUAUAGCGAAUUUUGGGUAUAAAUAGGUGAGCUGCAUCUCCACAAAAUUACACAAACCGAACCCACAUAAGUAGUUAUAAAAUUAAGCGAUUUAACAUCAGUUUAACACGUAGGCUUUCGCGACCAAUAUCAUUCAUAAUAUAAGUUUUAGGGUUAGAUCGCGUAAAUAUAUAAAUGUGUCGUUAAAACCCACCACCACCCUACACAGCCAACUAGUAAGGGUUGUCACGUAAACAGAACGUGCCAAUUCGUCACGAGUACAGCACGCCGGUGUGUUGGAGAGCCAAGCCACCUCGAUUAUGGAUGAUUUAAUAUCUGUUUACUUGAAUGAAAAAGCUCACCACAUUCGUCAAUAACACUGGUCUUGAAAGAAUUUGUUUUUGUUAUAUAAUGGGCAAAGUUUGGGGCAGUGGCCCUCCGUCUUUCUUUUAAGGCCAAAGUGUCGUCAUGGAUGGACGUGUCGGGGUUUUUAUUCCGUGCCGACUUGUAAAAACAACUUGGUUUACAGGCCGAGGUGAUCUUUUAUGGCGUUUGCCUGUACGGCAUGCCCAUCAAUUACGCAGGCGACUGUUCACGUCGGCGCUGUUAUUUAUGAAUACGAUCUCCGUACGGGUCGGUUAUGAAUGUAGUGCCCUGCAUCGCAAAAUGGGCAUCAAUGGUCUUGGGGAGACGGGAACUUCAGUCGUAAAGCCCGACAAGUGGCGCGGAGGAGGAUUUAUUGACGGGGAACGCUCGAGUGACGUCCGGCAUGGGAUGCAUUUGACAACUGGACAUCUGUGACAAAGAGCUCCACAGCUCAUCGGAUUCCUCCUCCAGGAUAAAGUAGAAGAUUCUGAUUCUGAAUUAAACCGAACGUGUUUACGCCGCCCACGGUAACAAGAGUGACGUCUGCUUCAUUGGCAGAAAAGCAACGGUGAAGAUGUGGCCGCUCGCACAUGCUGAGUUCUCUCUGCGCUUUUGGGGUUCGUCACCAUUAAGCACCAGACUUACUCCCCAAACGAACUUCUCAAAUUCAAUAAACCAAUCUUUGUUCCAUGUGUCAAUAUCGCCAUCAUUAAAGUAGGCAUUAGUGCACAUUAGAACAUUAAAAACAAAUUCUCGCCAUUCUUUUAGAAUCCCAUCCCAGCUUCCCCCUCUGUCCUCAAUCAAGGUGCUGGUACCUCCCCUCCCACCACCUUAGCCUUAGUCAGGCCUGUCGGUCCACCGACAAACUCAAUGCUAUCCAACAGCAACAUUUUCCCAUUGCCUUUCACCGUAACAUUAAUGCUGACGCUUACCCGCACAUGGGUCGGGAGCAGAGGCUUCUGUGGAUGGAGUUUAUUUGCCAGUGACCUGGUGGGUCCCUCUAGCUCGGGGCCUCGCCACUGCGCUUGUAAGACGAGAGCAAUUCUGUAACGGGGCACUGGAGGUGACGGGCACUUUAGCGUUCGGGUUCGGGGCAAUCGUGGGUUCACGUCGGUGGUGGUACGUUAACCCAGGGCUUGGUUUCACACCGACUAUUUUUUCGCCGGUCGACUGGAGCAGUUGACACGUCGUCAUAGCAUCCGCUGCCGCGAUGAGAAGUCUCCUGGAUGUCACGUGCCAGCUACGGAAACAUAUAUAUAUUCUGGGCAGCCGACAUGUACAGACGUGGCCGAAAUGAAGCCCUGCGUUAAGCCCAGGAAAUUUGUGUUUUAUUGUACAAUAUAUCCAAGGGAACGGUUCCGAUUGACGGUGGUGCAAUACUCAAUAAAAAUUUACAUUUACUGAAA